ACCCUAUUAAAAUAAAAUUAAUUGACGAUGCUAAUUUCUGCUCGUGGAAUCUUGUUCAGCCCAAAGACUGCAUUCAAUAGCUUCAACAAGAUUCCUCAUUUUUACAUUGGGGUCAAACCCUUUACCUCAAAACCCCCAUUUUCGAUGUCAGCGGACACUCUCACAGCAGCAGACAGUGAUGGUGCAACCAUUAGCCUCGAAGAAUGGCAGGGGUGGGGCACCGUGUCGCCGCUGCCGGCGAUGGUGGAUCAAGUUAUUCAUGAUAUGAAGCUUCUGGAGAAGGACAUUGACAAGCCCAUGACCUUUGGUGGCAACCGCGGCGCCCUCACGGGAGGUUUUAAGGUUGCAGAAGACAAGAAGCAUCGUGCAAAAUAUGCAUCUCUAAACACUACUGAAGAAAAACUUCAAUUCUUUUCAGCUCGACAGAUAGCAUGCCGGCUACUUGGGAGUAGGGGCUAUCUGUGUCAGAAGUGCUGGCUUCCCCAAGAAGACUGUGUAUGUUCGAAAAUGAAAACAUGCUCCUUGUGGAAUAAAUUGCGUAUUUGGUUGUACAUGCACCCGAAGGAUUUCCUAAGACAGAACAAUACUGGGAAGUUAUUAUGGCAAGUCUUUGGUGUUCAAGCUGCGAGCUUGUGUAUCUUUGGCAUAGCUGAGCACGAAGAAAUGAUGUGGAAUGAAUUGAAUCAUGCAGGUAGAAACAGGGUUUGGUGUCUUUAUCCUAAUAAGAAUGCAGUGACUGAAUCUGUUAAGGAUAUUGUUAUCUGCUCAACAAGUCAGGAAAUCCAAGUAGAACCGGAAAACAAAGAUGAUGUGUUGCACUUUAUUUUGAUCGAUGGUACUUGGAGCAAUUCAGCUGCAAUGGUCAAACGUUUGCAGACUAGAGCUGAAUCAGAAUGGGGAAAGGAACUGCGUUGCAUAUCUCUGAACACAGGUGCAUCCUUGAUGCAUAAACUACGACCCCAGCCGUCUUGGGAUCGUACAUGUACUGCUGCUGCAGCAAUCGGCCUCCUCAAUGAGCUCAACCAGCUUCCAGAGUUCAGUUCCAUGGGAUUGGACAAACAGGCAGAAGCAAUAGACGAUGCUUUGGAGGUGUUGUACGAAGGUCUCAUUACUCGGAGACUGCGCUGGGGCAGGUCGAUCUCUCGCAAGGAAAGGCACAACUGGGAUAUCUGGUAACGAGCAGCGCCACAUUUUACGGUUUUUGCAUAUGGGCAUACAAAGUUUUGCUGAUUUCUGAUGAUUGAUUUUCGAUUUUUUUUCAAUCUUGAAUUUUUUCUUAUUUCGUUUGAUGUGGAAUUCAACGAGACUAGAAAGUGAUGGAAAAUAGAGAGUUUUUUUCGUGUAAUUUUUUAGCACUGUAUUUCUGCUACUUGCUCAGUCGAAAUAGUUUACUCGAGAGAAGUUCGGUUUCCGAGAUUGGAGCUCAA